AUGAGACACCACCCUAUCUCUUCAGUUUUACCUUUUCCUCCUCUGCUCCUUCUUGUGUCACUUCUGUUUUCUUUUGUGUCUUCUUCAACUCCCCAGAAUUCUUUGUACUGUGGCUCUUCUCUGUUAGUGGAAGAUGUUACAAAUGUCCUCAUCUCUCCAGACAAUUCCUUCACUUGUGGAUUCUACCCAGUUGGCACAAAUGCAUUCUCUUUCUCAAUUUGGUUUACCAAUACAGCUAACAGAACAGUCGUAUGGACGGCUAAACAAGAAAGAGCUGUUAAUGGCCAUGGCUCGAAAAUUUCACUGCAGACAGAUGGAACAAUGAUCCUAACUGACCUUGAUGGCACAAAUGUUUGGUCCACCAACACCAUUGGAACUAAUGUGCAAAAGGCUGAGCUCUUGAACUCUGGAAACCUCAUCUUAACAGGCCCACAAGGCAACAUCCUAUGGCAAAGCUUUGAUUCUCCCACUGAUACACUUCUCCCAAUGCAACCAUUCGCAAAGAGUAACAAGCUGAUUUCUGCAAAGGGGGAAGGUAUGUAUACUUCAGGAUAUUAUAAUUUUUUCUUUGAUAGUGACAAUGUUUUGAAGUUAAUAUAUGAUGGGCCUGAGAUUUCUAGUUUAUAUUGGCCUGAGCCUGGAAAGACCAUAUUUGAGAAUGGGAGAACAGACUAUAACAGUAGCAAUAUAGCCAUUCUUGAUGAUACUGGUAAUUUUACAUCCAGUGAUUUAAUGGGAUUUUCUGCUUCUGAUAUGGGGACUGGGAUUAGGAGGAGACUUGUUAUGGAUUAUGAUGGUAAUCUGAGACUCUAUAGCUUGAAAGAAUCAACCAUGUCUUGGGUUGUAUCUUGGGAAGCUCUCUCACAUCAGUGCCUUGUGCAUGGUCUGUGUGGCAGAAAUGGAAUGUGUGUCUAUACACCAGAGCCCCAUUGUUCAUGUCCCCCAGGUUUUGAGAUGACUGACCCACAAGAUUGGAGCAAUGGUUGCAAGCCUAAGUUCAAUCAGAGCUGCAACCAAACUCAGAAUGUAACAUUCAUGAAGAUACCACAAUCAGAUUUCUAUGGAUUUGACCUUGAACCCCUACAACCUGUAUCAUUGGAAACUUGCAUGAAUCACUGCUCGAAUGUUUGUAAUUGUCAGGCUAUAGUGUAUCGGCUAACAGGGGGUGGGAUAUGUUAUCUUAAGACUGCACUCUUCAAUGGGUACAAGUCUCCAGACAACCUAGGCAGCAGUUAUUUGAAACUGCCCACAAGUUUGAAUACAUCAGAAGACUCCGCGGCCCUCGUAGUAUCUGAUCCCAGUUGUGGAUCCAUUAAACCAGAAAUUCCUUUGGGUUCUUCUGCAAUGUAUGUCACACAGAGUGGGACAAAUUGGGUUUAUCUAUACUCAUUUGCUGUGGCCAUUGGUGUAAUUGAAAUCCUUUUUGUUUCUUCGGGUUGGUGGUUUCUUUUUAGGAGAAACGGUGCGCCAACUUCAAUGGAGGAUGGAUACCUAGCAAUUUCCAGUCAGUUCAGGAAGUUUACUUGCAAAGAGCUGAGGAAGGCAACUAAUAACUUCAAAGAUGAAUUGGGAAGGGGAAGUUCAGGGGCUGUUUAUAAAGGAGUCUUGAGUGAUAAUAGAGUAGUAGCAGUGAAGAAAUUGGGAGAUAUAAUCCAAGGAGAGGAAGAGUUUUGGGCUGAAGUGACCACAUUUGGGAGAAUCAACCAUAUGAACCUUGUGAGAAUAUGGGGGUUCUGUUCAGGAAAGGUCCAAAGACUAUUGGUGUAUGAGUAUGAGGAGAAUGGUUCAUUGGAUAAGCAUUUGUUUUCCAAUGUCACUAGGAGUGACAGCCACAGCACUAGUAGAACUGCUUCUCUAGAAUGGAAGGAGAGGUUCAGGAUCGCGAUAGGGACAGCUAAGGGUCUGGCAUACCUUCACCAUGAGUGUCUUGAGUGGGUUAUUCACUGUGAUGUGAAGCCUGAAAACAUACUAUUGGACAGUGAUUUUGAACCAAAGAUUGCAGAUUUUGGACUUUCAAAACUUUUUCAAAGAGGUGGAUCUGGUUCUGAAUUCUCUACGAUUCGAGGAACAAAGGGGUAUAUGGCUCCAGAGUGGGCAUUAAACCUUCCUAUCACUGCAAAGGUUGAUGUUUACAGCUACGGGGUUGUGCUUUUAGAGAUUGUCAAGGGCAUUCGGCUCUCCAAUUGGGUUCUGGGGGAUGAAGAUGUUGAAAUGACUGGGCUCACUAGGUUUCUCAGCGAAGUAAAAAGGAAAACUGGAAAUGGAGAAGACUUGUGUGUGGAGGAUGUAGUGGAUCCACAGUUGAAGGGUAAGUUCAAUAGGAAACAAGCAACUAUGAUGGUCAAGAUAGGGAUCUCCUGUGUAAAGGAAGAUAGAAGCAAGAGACCAACCAUGGAUGCAGUAGUUCAAGCUCUACUAGAAUAUGAAGAUGAGCCAAGAUGAGCCAGUCCAUCCAGCCAACUUCCUCAAAUUACAAUCUACAUCUAUAAUUAUUUCUUUGUAAUAUUUAUGCCGACUUGUAUUGUUCUUUCUCUGUGAAGACUUAGCUUGUAUAGGUCCAAUGUUCUGUAAAUGAAUAAAAUGCGUACAAUUUUCAUCGAUCUUUAAA